AUGCCAAUAAGCGAAGACGAAUUCGAUCCAAGACAGAGUAAUAUGCAAAAUUCAACAAACAUGGAUAGGAUGACAAAAGCUGAAUUGAGAAGGAGUAACAAACCUAUUAUGGAGAAGAAAAGACGUGCUAGAAUAAAUCAUUGUCUGAAUGAAUUAAAAUCAUUGAUUCUAGAUGCAAUGAAAAAAGACCCAGCCAGACACUCCAAGCUGGAAAAAGCUGAUAUAUUAGAAAUGACUGUCCGACAUUUGCAAUCGGUGCAGCGCAGACAGCAGCAACAACAAAUGCUGCAGCAGCAGAUGCCUGCUGAUGUAAAUUCUCUAUCUCGAUUCAGAGGAGGUUUUGGAGAAUGUGCACAGGAGGUUGCCAAAUGCACAAAGGGAUUGACUGGCCAAGAUGCUGAGGUUGCUAGACGACUGGUAGCUCAUUUAGAUAAUUGUGUGAGUGGACUUAAUCAAAUAACUCCACCGGCAAAUCCUCUUGGAUUUCCAACAAACACAAACCCCAUGGUGCAGACACCACUUACAUCUUCUAAUGCAGUUGCUGCAACCAAUGCACCAAGCAGUUUUUUACUCCCAGGAGAUGUAAACAAUAAUGGUAGUCAAUCCAACCAACGUAUUCAGAUGGGAGGAGUGCAGCUAAUUCCAAGCCGUUUACCAACUGGUGAACUUGCAUUAGUGCUACCCCACAGCAGUAACUUACCCUUUUUUCCUCAAUCAACACCUGCUACAGCCAUCCAAAUUGGUGCCUCAUCUACAUCUUCUAGACAAAGCGCAUUCACUGCAGUGAUAUCUUCACACCAAAAAGUAGUAAAUCCCUUGUUAAGUCCUGCAGAUACACUAUCGUCAGACUCCAACACAUCUGAUGAAGAUAACUUAAACAAAACUCCUGCUAGAAGACCAAGUCCCCAACAACCACAUAUAUCCUCAACAACAACUAUAUCUCCUGAAUCACUUAAAGCAACACCAUUAAUAUAUCCUUCAGGAUACAAAGAAGAAGGAACUAAAAUCUAUGGUUUUCAUCAAAAUCAAGAAGAUGUACCAAAAGUUGGCAAUAGCAAUCUCUCAACCAGUUUAUGGGUUGAGUCGGUACAGAAGAGCAGAAAAAGGCAAUGUGAAGAAGAUAGUUUUCUGGACGAAGAACGCAAAAAAGCUAAAGUUAGUAGUACUGCUGAUUUUGAAAAAGAGGAAAGCGAUGCUGAUAGAGAAAAUGUCGAAGACAAAGCUGAUAAUAAUCAACAACAGCAAAAUUCUUCAGAAAUGUGGAGACCUUGGUAA